AUGGACCGAUGGAGGGGCAAUGGUGGUUGGAUUCCGGUAGUGAGGCAUCGGAAUGGAGGUGGAUCAAAACGCAGUGAGUCAAGCUUUGGACUCUUUUCGAUUUUUGUGGACAACCUACCUCAAUCAAUGGAUGUUAGAUCCCUGUUCAAACUCUUCACUAAGUUUGGUAUCGUGAAGGAUGCUUAUAUACCUUUCAAAAGAAGGGUAGCGACAAACUCAAGAUUUGGGUUUGUGAGUUUCGGUUGCUCUGUUGCAGCUGACAUUGCUAUCCAAAAAGCUAAUGGGCUGUUGGUAGAUGAUAGAGAGCUAGAAGUUAAAAAAGCUACUCAUGAAAGGGGUUCACGGGCGGAACACAGUAAAAGGAGAUCGCAACCCAUGAGCAGAUUUUCAGGCACAGGCAACAUCAGGGGCCAUCCGUCAGGUGCAGGGCAAAAAUCAUACGCAGAGGUUCUAAAAGGAAAAAAUCCUGUGGUAGCUGGAACUGUAAGCACGGCCAUAAAAGUUGAUGAAGUUGGGCAUGGUUGGCUUUAUGAGAGUGCAAUAAUCAGGCUCAAGAAUGAAUAUUCCUUGCGUGACAUUAGGACAGUUUUGAAGGAGAAAGGGCUGGAUCAGGUGCUAGUCAGAAAGGGAGGCGGGCGUGAUGUAAUUUUAACCUUCAAUUCCCAAGUGGAGUUGAACUCUAAAAUCUGCAACAUCAAGGAAUGGUUCAAGGACUAUAGCCAGUCGGUAGGGGUAUGGAAGCCAGAUUUUCACUAUGAACCAGAGAGGUGCCUGUGGUUGAGGUGUUAUGGUGUGCCACUAAAUUUUUGGAACCGAAACACUUUCAACAACAUUGGAAAUUUGUGGGGUACUGUCCUUAGUUUGGAUGGAGACACUACUCAUCAAAAGUCUUUCUCUUAUGCCAAAAUCAGAUUGGCUACACCAUAUAUGGAGCCUAUUAACAAAACUAUUUUCUUAGAGUGCAAGGGUCAACUCUACCACAUCCUUGUGUGCGAAGAUCAUAUUGCAGACAUCAAUAUCUUGAAGCAUAAUGGUGAAGUUUGCAGCUCCAUUGAGAGCUACAGUAGUAAAGAGGAAGAAAAUAUCUAUGAGGAGAAUAGCAGGGAGAAAAACGAAGAUGAUGAGGUGGCAGCACAGUGUGGUAAGCCUAUAGCUGAGCUGGCAUGUGAUAAUAUGGCAGAUGAAGUUGUGGCAGCACCAUGUGGCAAGCCUAUAGCUGAGCUGGCAUGUGACCAUAUGGGAGCACUGGCGAAUGAGCCUUCAGCUUGUCACAACAGAGAAAAGGGAAGCACAGUAGUUGAGGAGACAUAG